UACAACUCUCGCAAUGUCUCAUUACGGAGGACAGCAGAAGGCACAUAAAUAUCGAAAAGUGAUUAAAACUGGAACUACAGUACCUAUGCAUUAAAUGGUUUUAACACACACAUUCCAGCCAGUCAGAAUUGAGUUUUCAAAUAGACCAUGGUAUAACAUUAGUAAUUUGUUAACAUAAAUAGCAACUGACAUUCCAGCUGUGUAAUGUAGGUCAGUUGUAUUUGGAACACUCAAACACUCACAGUUGCCUUUGAUUGGAUGUGCUGCCAUGAACUCUUGAUCCUCCUAGUGUCAAAUGGCUUCUAUUUGCUUGGUAAGCCAUUCAAUUCUGAUGCAAGCAGUGUAUAAUCAGCACUCACUAGAGGAGCUCACUGGGUAAACAUGCGUGUGCUUCUGGAUACAGUUGAGAGCAGCUGGAUACAGUUUGGCCCGGCGGGACGGGACUCUUAUGAUUGGGUUGCAGGCACAUCCGCACCACCAUUAACAGACAACCAUCUCCAGGGUGACUGGAGCGAGCUGACUUCAAACAAGGUCAAAGAGAGAAUGGAGAUAACGCUUUACGUUGUCAUAUUAGCGGGCUCGCUGCUCUUUCUCACUGUCAUGGCCUUCCUCGUUUACAAAGGAUGUUCCAAGAUCAAGAAAAACACGAGCAGUGUCAUACAGCUGGAUUUUCAGGAUGCUGACAGCAGUGCAGAGUUUCUGUCCUCCCUGGAGGAGCAGGAGGCCAGUGAGGAAGGCAGUGAUGGGCUUUUACUGAUGGUGUAUCUGCCAGCCCCCUAUGAGAAGACCCUAACGAGGAUAGCACGCGCCGCCAGCAUCUCCAGCACCCGUAAUGAUGCAGAGAUUGUGGAAUUAGAUGAGAACUCAGCUGAUCAAAAGUGAUAA